AUGGCUUCAUUUCCCCUUGUUUUCUUGCUCUUAUUCUGCUUCCGUAUUGCAGAAUCUGCAUACAUUGGAGAGAUUAUCACUUCGUUUUGUAAUGAGAACUCCACCUUAGCAAGUGCUCAAAUGUCAGCAAACAUCGAUGUGGUGUUGGCUCAAUUAGACGCAAACACUGCUAAAAAUGAUGGGUUCAGCAUUUCCACUUAUGGCCAAGGUAAAGACACGGUUUAUGGGUUGGGACAAUGCAGAAAAGAUGUAAAUUCAUCUGCUUGUUCCACCUGCAUUCAUAAUGCAGCUGGUUAUAUUCGUCAGAGUUGCUAUUACUCCGCUAAUAGCACCGACGAAAGGAUUUAUUACGAUAGUUGCCUUUUGAGGUAUUCUGAUCAGAAAUUCUUGGGAAUAUUUGAUCCAUCUAUCUAUAUCAACUUGCCCUAUGGUGACAAGGCUCACAAGGUGAAUAAAAACCCCGAAUUCUUCCGGAAACAAGUCGGGAUUCUGAUGAACGACAUCAUUUCGCAAGCGAUUGUGCCGGGUAAUAAAGGGUUCUUCGGCAAAGGAAGCAUUGCGAUAUCGGCAUCUGAAACUGUUUAUGGAGUGGUUCAGUGCACUCAGGACGUGUCAACCAGUACUUGUUCAACUUGUCUGAAUACAGGACUUUCUAAUUUUCCCAAACUCUGCAGGAAGCUGAAAACCACGGGAUGUCGGAUUCAAUAUGGCAGCUGCUUUCUGCGUUAUGAAACCGAUCCGUUUUAA